AUUUCCGAAGCUGAAUGUAAUAAUUUGUCUGAAUUCAAACCACAUACAUAUUCAAAGAUAAUAUCAAGUCUUCAAUCGACUUUAGUAAUUCAACCUAAUGAUGUUAUCGACAAAUCCGAAAUUUCAAUUAUAGAGAAUAUUUUCUUCAAUUAUGAUUCUGUAUUUAUGCCUUGGGUUUGGAAGGUUUGUGAAGGUAGUUGGAGCUUAAAGGAAUUUGUCUCUAAUCUGAUGGUCAGAUGGUUAUUUUUAAAGUUUCAAGAUUUCCAACCUUUAGAUAUUUCUUUUGUAAUUAAUGGAAAUUUCUGUUUCAAUGCGAAUCAAAAAACUCUUAACCUUUUGAAAACUGGAAAUCUUUUAUUCAACAAUUCGUUUGCUGUUCAAAUUUUGUUGCUGGUAUUCUCAAGUUUGAGAAUACACAAUAACAAGCAGAAUAACGAAAACAAUGAUAUAACAAGAUUAUUUCGUAUUAUUUCCUCUAUUUUUAUUUGCAUCAUAUCAUCUAAUAGUAAUAAUGAGAUAAAUGAUGCUGAUAACAAUGAAAUUGAAAAGCAUGUAGGGGACAGAAAAUUAUUAUUUCAAAACCUUGCUAAAUUUUGGUCAGAGAUUCUAAAACUGUUUGGUGCUCCUGGGAUUAUUGAAAACGUUCCUACAGAUUGGUGGCCAACUAUUAAUAUUAUCGUUUUAUUAUUGGGAUAUCAUUUUGAUCCAGUUGAAACUUUAAUCAUGAUGCUAGAAAUUCGACAGCAUCCGAUGCUUCUCGAAGCUCUUAGACAAUGGGCCUUAUCACCUAACCAAAAUAUUAACCAUGAUGUUAAUAAGUUUAUCGUGAACACAGCUUCAUCCGCUGCAUUAACAACUGUUGAUAUUGAGGUGAAAUCUUCAAUCAUUGGAUUGCUAAGUUUAACAAUUCCGAGUGUUGAAGAAAGCAAUAGUGUGUAUAAUGAUUGCAAUAAACAGGAAUUUGUUUUAUUUCCUACGAUAAAUGAAUUUGAUGAUAUAAUGAUUAUGUUUAGACGUGAUCCUUCAUUAUUUGUUGGUCAUAUUUGUUCGAUAAUUUCAACUGGAUUUCGUCCUCUGACUUCAGGUGAAUUUAAACAAAAAACUAGAUUGAUUUAUAUCAAUACCUGGGAUAUUUUUAGAGAUUUUAUCGUUUCAGAGAUUGAUAAUCAGUUCACAUGGUUCAUGCUCUUACCAAUCGCAAAUGCUUUCGAAAUAAUGUUCAAACAAAGUGAGGCAGAUUUAGGAUAUUACUUGAUAGAGAAUAAAUGGAAUUUAUUCAUGUUAAAAAUAAUUGUUCGAUAUGCUCAAUAUCAUUACGAAAAUUCAACGAACGAUAUAAAACCCGAAUCAAAUCUUUGUAGUAAACAUUGUUCUCAUUCUGUGAUGAGAGUGCAACUUUUGCGUGGAAUCUUCACGUCAGUUCAACCAUCAUGGAUCAAAGACAUCUUUUCUGAAAACUUUAUUGACUUUUUUAUUUCUUUGGUCAAAGGCAUGACCGAAAUGUCAAAAUGUGAUAUUAUUUUGCUCGAAAUGCUGCUACGAAUGUUGCAUCAUUUAUGCCAAAUUUCUUUACUCUCUGAAUCUCAACAAACUUUACUACAUUCUUUAUUCACUACGCAAUUAUUUGAACAAAUGGAUCAAGAACAAUUUACAAUGGACAAAAAUUACAAUUAUAACGCAUUUGAACAAAAUUUCCUUAUGGCAAGGCAAGUCACAAUACUCU